AUGAGAAACAUAGAGGAACAGAACGCUGCAAAGACACCAUCGCACAGACACGCGCCACAAACACAGCCGAGGAACACAGACACGCGCCACAAACACAGCCGAGGAACACAGACACGCGCCACAAACACAGCCGAGGAACACAGACACGCGCCACAAACACAGACGAGGAACACAGACACGCCCCACAAACACAGCCGAGGAACACAGAUACGCGCCACAAACACAGACGAGGAACACAGACACGCGCCACAAACACAGACGAGGAACACAGACACGCGCCACAAACACAGACGAGGAACACAGACACGCGCCACAAACACAGCCGAGGAACACAGACACGCGCCACAAACACAGACGAGGAACACAGACACGCACCACAAACACAGACGAGGACCACAGACACGCGCCACAAACACAGGCGAGGAACACAGACACGCCCCACAAACACAGGCGAGGAACACAGACACGCGCCACAAACACAGCCGAGGAACACAGACACGCGCCACAAACACAGGCGAGGAACACAGACACGCGCCACAAACACAGGCGAGGAACACGGAACACAGACACGCCCCACAAGCACAGGCGAGCAACACAGACACUACAAAAGACCAAAGCCCCGACGCCCUCCCCCCAGCUCAGACGCUCUGCUUUACCCCGGAACUGGGUAGCUCUGCUCGGAAAUCAUCUCAAGAUAACCUCAAGAUAACCCCACAACAGACGCCGUCAUUGUUUACCACAGACCAAGCGACCUUCACUACAGCUGUAUGGGGCGGGGGUGUCGGAUUUGUUAUAGGGGCGUCUGGUUUUUUGUAA